GCCACAGCUACUUGAUCAUUAGGCUCAUCUUCCAAAGAGGUCAAUUUUGGUCAGGUCAUGACGAUUCGGAGGAUAUUCGCAAAGUUAUUUGUAUUCCUGAUCGGUGCUGUCAUGUAUUAACGAUUCUGCUAAACGUAUUGACGAAGUUUCCAUAAAUCAAUGAGAGCGUCUUUGGUCAUUUAGCAAUGGAGGGUGACCAUUGCAAAAAUUAUAUUCCAAGAACAGAGGAAGAAGUUAAGACAAACACAAAGCAGGAUUUAGGGUUGACUACUGCAACUGCUUUGGAAAUUCUACAUAGAGAUAUUAAACGUGUGUUAGAUGAGUAUGAAGAAGAUUGCAAGAAGAAUAAGAAAUACAGGGCAUGGCUAAAGGAUGCAUUGCACCAUCGCAGUCAAUAUACAACGCUUUGCUGGACCUCGGCUAUUGCACUUUUGAUAAAUGCCAUUACACUUGUCAUAGCAUUUUUUACAGUUAAUGAGACAUGGUAUGCGUCACUACCAUAUGAAGGACUGAUAGUCUGUUGUUUAGUAGCAUUAAAUUUUACACUAGUCGUAUUGGACAACAAAUUGCGACAUAAAGAGAUUCCUCAAAGAGUUCGUGUUUUACUCAAACAAAUAGAAGUUGCCAAAUCAGUGUGUAAUUGGGAACCAGAAAAUUAUCCCCAUCUUUGCAGUCCACUCUCUCCGUGCCUCACUUUACAAUGGACGUAUCGCGACGGUCAUGUAGUCAAUUUACCUUGGGCCUUAUUGGUCGCAGGAGACAUAAUCGUAAUAAAACCUGGCCAACAAAUACCUGGAUAUUGUAUUCCAUACGACGAUCCCGAUGGGCCCGUUUUACAUGCCCGAGAAGUCUACAGUCCACCAGUUCAUACAGCUCAUGAAAUAUUCUCAUCCCCACAAGCCCGGACGCCACUUAAGAAUAAAAUCUAUAAGCUUCAGGAGACACCUUACUUGAUAAACCUAAGGAUGGCACUGGAUCAGGCCCUGGAUAGGCCCGUUACGUAUCACAAUCGCGAACGUCACCUCGUUAUGAUCUGCAGUAUCGAACAACUGGCCUAUCCGAUACUCCUCAUCGUGGUCCUAGUUGUGAACUUACUCCGAUACUUGUACCUAACUGAAUAUGUUGGUGUAGGUCACUGGACAGAAAUCUUCUUACUCCAACCAAUAGCUGUUACACUUCCACUAUUGCCAUUAAUUUUUCCUACUUGUUGGAUCGUUUUGAAUUGCUUUGGCAUGGCUCGAUUCAAGGCUCUGUUCAAGCUGUACCAGUCUUCAAAGAAGAUGCAGUUUUUAGAUCCUUUCGAAGAUGCAGAUAUCUCUGGACCCACUCAUCCUGAAGUGGUGUACAAUUGGUCGGAGCUUAAGGAAUAUUUUUUUGACAUCCUUUUCGGCAGGGAACGUAUGAUGUCGAGAUCUGCCAACAUUUUACACGUACUGGGAUCCGUUACCGCAUUGUGCUGUGUAGAUAAGAAAGGAAUACUUUCCUGGCCGAAUCCAACAGCUGAAAAAGUUUUCUUUUUGCGUAACGCAAGUGCUAUGUCGCGAGCUUCAAGCACUGUAAGUCUUGAAAAACAAUCUGACACUGCAACCCAAAAUGAGCAAGCGAAGCCAGAAUCUCAUAGAACUACCUAUGUGCAUCAUGACAUGUCUCAUUCAGUGGCGGAAGUGUUGGACUUGACGCACGAUCACGCUUUGCCAUUUAAAUUGCAAUUCGAUGAUCAUGCUUGGAGGCUACACUUGAACUCACUGAAACCAUUGGGACUUGCUAUUCUUCUGAACACUUGCAACAUGGAUACUCAAGAACACUACACUCAAUUUUGUUGCCACGUUACCUGUGAGGCGCUUUACAAUGAAAAUUUAGUACCAGUAACUAACAGGCGUGGCCAGGGCGAGUAUUUUGAAGAUAAUAAUGAUUAUGAGGCGAAAGAUACAAUGCAAACUUCUUCGAGACAGGUGUAUUUAACCGAUGAAUCAGGAACGUGCCUCGGACAGAUGCGGUGUCUUUGCGAGCUGGCAAAGCAGAUUGGAUUCCAGGAUCAGGCACAGGAGAUAUUUCAAUUGGAGCAACAACUGUCCACUUUCAGACACGUGCAACCGGAAAUGGUUAGGCGUGACAUUAAAUUCGCACGUUCUUUAAGUAUUGCUACAAAAUUAAAAUUUCCAUUUCCGCACAUGGUAGCUGUAGUUGUUAAGGAACGCAGUGGCGGAGGAUUACAAUUACUGACUCAGGGAACCGCGGAUAUUAUUCUCGAUUCCUGUAUAGAAUUUUGGGAUGGACACGACCUUUGUCCAUUUUCUGCUUCCGACAGAAAAAAGGUGCAGGAUUUUUAUCAACGGACCAGCUUGACAUCUUACUGCACUGCGUUUGCCUACAGACCACUCACUAGGAAUGUCAAUGGAAAAUUGUCACAUAUUUAUCUAGAGCUUCCGGCAGACAGCAAACAUCUUUAUACACCUCACAGAAGUCCAACUCCAUUGCCUUGGGAUUUUAGAAAUGUUCUGGAUCCUAGGGUUAAGGGAAUACUGGGCCAAUUUCAUUCAACUGAUUCUCUUUUGUGCAACGAGAAUAAAGACGAGGAAGUUAACGAUGUGGAAAGUUGCUUCGAAUUGCAAUGUAAUCAAGUAUUUAUUGGUAUGGUGACCAUGCAGUAUCAGGCACAGACUGAUAUGGUUCAAUUGAUCGAGCAGUUAGAAAGAGCUUGUAUUAGAUUCGUUCACUUUAGCAAAGAAAAUGAACUAAGAUCACGUGUCUUCUCGGAGAAGAUGGGACUGGAAAGUGGAUGGAAUUGUCAUAUUUCAUUACUUAGCGAAAGAGCUAGGUCAGAGAGUCCAGUGGGUUGCUGGGUGAGCCAGGCAGCAGCCAUGUCCUCACCCACGCCCUCAGCCCAAUCUCACCAGCAUAACCACUCCUGCAUGGAUGAGGCCAGCCACUUGCUUAACCAUGUUUCCCCCCGCACAAAUCUGGAUAACAGCAGAGCGAUGAGCAUGUCUGCACCAAGUGCCAUAAAUACAGAGUAUGCUACUGUCAAAUUUGAUGAUGAUGCUACCGAGUGGAAUAAUGCUGAACCAAUCCAGGCAAAAAGUGCUAUGGGUCACAGGGAGCAAGAUACUGUAAGAAGUGAAGAUAGUGUUCUGGUACAAAGCGUUGACCUUGGAUCUGGACAGGAAGCCUGGAGAUCUUUGAGCUGUCUUACUGACAGUACCGAACAGAGUGCACCAGUUAAUUUUGACAUGUCUAACAGAGCUAAAUUACCACGAGGUAUAGACAAGAUACGACCGCAUCUAGAAUUGAUAGAUAAUGUGCCAUUACUGGUGUCUCUGUUUACGGAUUGCAAUAAUGCAGUGACAAGGGAGAUGCUACAUAUUAUGCAAGACUAUGGAGAAGUUGUCUGCGUUCUGGGAUCCUCUGCAAAUGCAGAAAACAUGUCAAUUUUCAUGCAAGCUGAUGCUGCGGUAGCCGUAGAGCCGCUAUAUCCACAGGUCUGUCAACGUGUUCCUGUAUUAAUACCAACAAGAGAGGAUCAGGGUCCAUCACCGGUGGACUUGAGCAGAGUUUUAAAUUCUGUAGCCUGUUCCUUAAGCGUAAAACGCGAGGAUCCUAUUGCCAUAUUUCAUCUCAUCAUGGAGGCUCGUCAUUAUAUGAAGUGCGUAUGGAACUGCGUACAAUUCUGGCUAUGCUGCGUAGUCAGUUUAUCAUUUGCUCAGGCAUUGUCAGGAUUCCUGAUGCUUCCUCCGCUGUUUUCCGUCGGUCAAGUAAUGUGGCUGUCAUGCCUUAUUAUACCAUUGUUGUCUAUAUCGAUGGUGGCGACUCCAACGGAUCCCACAAUAAUGCAACGAGCUACAGGAAAAAAUCAGUGCAUCGUCAGCGGACAGGUUGCACUGUUCGUUCUAUGGUGCUAUGGUUGUAAAUUCUUGCCUACUAUCAUCUCUGUGGUAUUGUCACAGUGCAUUUCUUUAAUGACACUGUGUCCAAUAUAUUCGACCUCGGGGUCAAAGUGCCUGUACAUUUAUCCUAAUCCCGAGAGCGAUGUGUCCUGGGGUGGUUGGGGCGCCAAAGCUAACGUGAUCUUGACGGUGCAACAUUUUGCUCUGUCAAUAAUAGUCUUGCAUUUUGUAACGAUAUCAAUAAGUUUUGUGCAUCGAGAAUAUUCCUUAUGGAGAAAACCGCCAUUUAACAAUUGGAUUUGGUUUCUAAGUGCAUUUAUAGUGCUCUGCAUACAGGCUGCUUUCUCUGGAACAAUUUUCUGUCAAUUCUGGAGAGAGGAGGAUCAGAAGAUAAAGAGUUUUCCUCUUCAUUUGCCUUUAUUCUUUUUGCUCUCACUUCCACUGACCUUUGUGAUAAACGAACUAGUCAAGUGGCAGGAAAUCAAAGUAAACGUGAGGUACCAAAAAAGGGCGCGACUGGAAUUUGGUACGAAGCUCGGUAUGAAUUCGCCAUUCUAACGAUUUACCGUCUUUUAUUCUUUCAUUUGAGAAUGACGGGGGAAAAGCCUAGUUACUUAAAGUUUAACGCCAAAUAUUGCAAAUCGUUACGAUAACACACCUUUUGCAUAUGCGAGGUCCAACGUUCGUUUAUCGUAAUUUUCAUAAUACUCAAUCAUGUCAAAAUAAGUUUAGUUUACAAAUUUCAUACGCGCACGAGUGUUGUGGCGCUGGUAUUAAUUUGGUUUGUUUCUCUUGUCUAACAAUGAAAACCAUUAAUUCCCGCCGAAUGAAACUAACGCACAAAUUGAUGCGGUUCCUAGAUAUUCACUUAUGUCGCAUACGUGAAGAAUGUGCUGGGUUCCUACGAUUCUUUUUAUAAACGGAUUCAGUUGGUCACAUUAGUUUAUUAAAAAAAAAAAUAAUAAAACAACGAACCAUCACAGUUUAGAGUUAAUAUUGUACAGGUCCAGCCAUUUCUUUCCUUGUAUCAGGUAACAGAUAACGCGUAAGCCAACGUGGUUAAUGUUUAAACACGAAGAUGAUGUCGCAUAUUUGUUCACAUUUCUUGUCAAAAGUCAGUAUCGUAUUGUGAAUGAAUAAUGUAACUGAAAAUCGCGACACAAGUGUGAAAAAAAAAUACUAAGUCCGAGUUAGAAACGCUAAGAAAGUAUUCAUAUUUUUGUAUGACAUUAAGGAUGUGAAAUUUUAAUGUUUGAUAUAAUAAUACAACAGAGUGUGGUGCAUAUUAAUAAUGCAAGUGCCUCACUUUAACUUCACUUCCUUCUGUAAGAUUGAAACUUCUCAAAUCGAUUUGUACAUAGAUCAUUCAAUUCAAAAGCAACUUUUUCCCCUUUUUUUGCUGCAGGAUUGCCAAACACAAAUAUACAAUUUUGUUGUACGAAUGCUUGUACAUUUUUCAAAACUUGGUAUAUUAUUUUGAUUCGUAAGGUGCUCUAACCAAUUUCCUGCUUUUAUCACGAUAUAUGAUGAAUAUGUUAGAUUAUGUAAACUUUAAGAUACAUUGACAUAAUUCACCGCAUCUAGCCUGAACCCUAGCAUUGUGCAAUUGCGAUUCUAAUAUAAAUGUAAGGGAAGUAGUAUUUAAAAAUGGCAUAGGAUACAUUUGGAGUAUCCUUAUACGUUACACGUGUUCCUAGGUGAAGACUUAUUUUAUAGUUUUACUUUAAUGGUUUGCAUUUAUCUUGGACGCAACUAAUUUUAUUCUGUUGUCUUGACCAAUUGAUUAUCAAUUGGCUCACUGAAAUCCCUCAGUUGUAUUUGUACCAGUUAUAUUAGGAUAGAUUAAUUGUGCAUAAUUAUUGUACUGAGGUGAUUGUUGCGUCCAUAAAGCAGACCGUACUAUUAUUUAAAACUUGUUCUGAAAGUUAUGACCCAAGACAUCGCAUAACUAUGCAGUUUCAAAUGUUCCCGUGCAAAAUAAAAGCUACUGAUGCGCAAUGAAAA